AUGAUACAAUGUUGGGAUGCUAAUCCAUUGAAUAGACCAGAUAUUGAAACACUUAGGAAAAGAAUAAGAGAACUUAAUUUUUACUACCAAGAUAAACCAAAUGAAUUAUUAACCAAACUGGAAGAAGAUAAUAGUUUGGAAAUAGGUGAUUUAGAAAACUAUACAAAUAGCAGCAGAUUAUUUACGAGUAAAGUUCAUCAAUUUGAAAAUCUUCCUGAACCAAGAAAUUCAACAGAAGCAUUUUAUAGUAAAUCUUUCAACUUCUACGUUCCUGAUAACAUUGAUGAUUUUGGUAAAUCAGUUAAUCAAAGUGAUAAUGAUACUUUAAUUAACAAAGAUAAUAGUAAAAGCUUAUCCGAAGUACCUAAUAAAUUACAAAUAAACUCGAAAUCUGAUGUUCAAAAUAAUUAUUAUAGAGAAGAAAUAAUGCAACAACAAAGAAAGAAUAUUGAUAUUGAUGAGGAUGAAGUACACAAUAAUCCUAAUCUUCAUUCAGAAGAACAAGAUGAAUUGGAAAUUCCUGAUAACAUUUAGAUACAGAUUUAU